AUGAAUCUCGAUCUUCCCACCGUCGCGGAACUCAAACAAGCCGCCGAGUCCGGGCAGCGGAUUUCCGCGCAAGACGUUUCGGCGAUCUCGCAGGUCGAGAACCGAUUGACCGGCCGCGGGCCGGUCCGUGGUGGACCAGCUGCGACGGCCCAGAGUAUCGCGAUGAAGCAGAUGAAUUUUGAUAGUACGAUUGAGGAAGUCUCCCGCAAGCCACCGAUCCUGAUCAACCAGAAUGAUGCACGGAUCGUUCAAUCCACAGAGGGCCGCGCCUUCAACAGACCGCCCGGCAUCGGGUCCGUCUCGGCCCAGGUCCGUUCCAUCGCGAAUCACAACGACUUCUAUAAUGUGCCUGCCGUUCCCACCGAAGCGCCGGUUUAUAUAACCAAGGACGAUGCUCGGGAGGCGCAGCGCGCGGAGAGUGCGUAUUAUGGAGGGCGGAUCCCCAGCUACAGUAUGGCUGCAGAUAUGCAGAGUGCUGCUGAUAAAUUGGAAAAUCUUCGGCAUACUAGUCCGUAG